CUAAACCCCAAUUUCCAAUUUAGGGAGAGUGCAGGAAAUUUAGCGGCCAGAAAUGGGUGAUCCGUGAUUGUGUGAGCGAUAUCCAGAAUGCGGCGACAGUGCAGGAAAUUCAGCAGCACUGCUACUGCCAACUCCAAGCUCACGUUGUUGAAGGAGAAGAAAUGGGAUGCGCUGGUGAUCGGCGGCGGCCAUAACGGCUUAACUUCCGCCGCGUACCUAGCUCGCUCCGGCAUCUCCGUCGCCGUCAUCGAGCGACGCCACGUCUUCGGCGGUGCCGCCGUCACCGAGGAGAUCGUUCCAGGCUUCAAAUUCUCCCGUUGCAGUUACCUCCAAAGCCUCCUCCGCCCCUGUGUUAUCAAAGAAUUAGAACUGAAGCGACACGGAUUAAAGCUGUUGAAGAGAAAUCCAUCAUCGUUUACGCCUUGUCUAGAUGGACGAUAUCUUCUGCUCGGUAGAGAUAAACAGCAAAACUAUUCAGAAAUUUCUAAAUUCUCCGAACGUGAUGCCAAGACUUAUCCCAGAUAUGAAAAUCAGCUGGACAAGUUCUUCAAAUUUUUGGAUCCACUUUUAGAUUCUUCAACACCUGAGACUCUUCAAGGGAAUUCAUCUUUUAAUGACCGACUGCAUAAUAAAUUAGAAAGAUCAGCAUUUUGGUCUCACUGUCUAAGGCGUGCACUUACAUUGGGGCAAAGGGAUAUGAUGGAUUUUAUGGAUAUUUUACUUUCUCCAGCAUCAAAGGUUCUAAACAACUGGUUUGAGAGUGAUGUUCUAAAAGCAACUCUUGGGACUGAUGCAGUGAUAGGGACCACGGCAAGUGUACAUACACCUGGAAGUGGAUACGUCUUGCUGCAUCAUGUGAUGGGGGAAACUGAUGGUGACCGUGGUAUUUGGUCGUAUGUUCAAGGGGGAAUGGGCUCAGUGUCAUUGGCUAUUGCUAAUGCUGCUAUGGAAGCCGGUGCAACUAUAGUGACUGGUGAAGAGGUUUCAGAGUUGAUAGUUGACGGCACUGGCAGAGCGUCUGGGGUUAGACAAUCUCCAACAAUGAUCUCCAUCUUUUCUCCAAAUGCAUUUUAUUUCCAUUUUAACUAACAAUUUUCUCAGCAUCAAAACUCCAUUUUAUCCAUUGAUGCAUCAACAAACCCAAUAGAUUCCAAACUCUGUUGGGGUCUCGGGGUAGGGUGGGGUGAGGUCAAGAUGAACAUAACCUUACCCAUGUAAAAACAGAGAGGUUGUUUCCAUUUAGACUUUAGACGCAUUGAUGCAUUUACUGCCCAAAACUUCAUAGAAAGUAAGAAGCAAUGCAACUUUAAUGUGCCAUUGAAUCAUUGUCAAAAAUGACUCUUCAAGCUCAUUUUUUGUACAACCUUUUAGCUCCAUUUGCAAUGGAAGCUAAUCCAGUAACAAGUAUAUAAUACUUUCUCUUUCAUACUUAUACUUACCUAAAUAAUUGUUUUUAUUCUCUUCUUUCUUACACUUGUGACUGUGCGCACUGUGCCAGCUUAUGAUAAAAUAUUACUAUCCUGGUGAACAUAUUUGUUGGCUGCUCAACAGUAGUGUCAAGCAAACCUGUAUGGAGUUGGCGCUGUCAGAUAAUAAAGCAAUUUCUUCAAGUUGCCGAUUAUGUUGGAUAAUAUAAAAUAUGUUUCCCUUUCCAAUUUCAUCUUUAACCAUUUUGCUUUGUUGGAGUUGCUCUUAGUGUUGUUUCAUUUGAUCCCUUAAUCUUUAUUUUUCAUUCCUCUGUUGAUUUUAUGAAUAUGAUUUGACUGGCAUUGUCUAGGUGUUGCUGGCUGAUGGAACUCCUGUAUAUUCCUCUGUUGUCUUGUCAAAUGCAACCCCUUACAAGACUUUCAUGGAUCUUGUACCAAAAGACGUGCUUCCUGAAGACUUUCUUCGUGCUAUAAAGCUAUCUGAUUACAGCUCUGUAAGUUCACAU